AUGAGGUUGAUCUUACUUUUACUCGGAUUAUGGUUUAUAACGGUCAGUGCCUCGGAUUCCGAUUCUGAUAACAAGACAAUUGAUAUAUACGCCCUUAAUGCAGAAUAUCUCAAUAGUUAUAGGCAAGGAAAAGUGAAUAAAGAAGGUAAAGCAGAAUAUGAAUCGUUACUUAGGAAGUAUCAUGCUGAUUUAGCAAAGUUUGGUGAUAAAUACAUGAUUGAGGCAGAGGGCCGUAUGGUUGUGGGAACAGCCAAUUCUGUUGAUGAACUUAAUCAACCACAUAAUCCUGAUCAACCACUUCUUCCUAGUUAUGGUGAACAAGCAGAGAAAUCUGCUCACCCCAAUGAACCACUUCAACUUAAAGAACCAGAAGCGACAGUGUGA